CGGCCUCCCGCGGGGCGCCGAGCCCCGAGCGCAGAACGGCGGCGGCGGGGCGAGCUCCGAGCCCGCUCCGCCGGGCCAUGGCGAGCGGCGACGCCCCGCCCGCGGGCUCGGGCUCCGGCUCGGGCUCGGGCACGGUGCUGCCCAGCCGCCUCCAGGAGACAGAGAAGCUGCUGGCGGCCACCGAGGGCCGGGAGGGCCUCCGGGGCUCCAAGUCCUUCACUGCCGCGUUGGCCGGCGAGGCGGAGCGCAACGGGCACGGGCUGUCCUACAAGUCGGUGUCGGUCGGGCACCUGGAGGCGGCCCCGCUGUCGCCGUCCCGGCUCAGCCUGGGCAGAGCCUCCUCCACCGCCACCAGCACGGCGGCUCCCGACCAGGGCCGCCCUCGGGACUACCUGGUGCUCGCCAUCUUCUCCUGCUUCUGCCCCGUUUGGCCCAUCAACGUGGUGGCCCUCGUCUUCUCCAUCAUGUCACGGAACAGCGGGCAGCAGGGGGAUGUGGAUGGAGCCCGGCGCCUGGGCCGCAUGGCCCGCCUGCUCAGCAUCGUGUCCAUCGUGCUGGGGACCAUCAUCAUCGUGCUCUACAUCUCGCUCAGCGUCCGAGUUUCCUAGAAGACGUAGCAUGCAAAUACCUCGAAGAGGAGGAAGACAGUGCUCCUUUUGGGGUUUUUUUACUUUCAGCCUUGCAACAAAAACUUGUGACAGCGGAGCCCGUCUGGAGGAAUGUGCGUGGCUGCUCCACCGCCUUGUGGGGAUGAACGGGGAUGGGCACAUGGCGAGGGGACGAGGGACAAGAACUGGAUGUGAGCAGAGAGGAGAAGGGGAAAUCCACUACCUCAUUCCCCUCCAACGGGGUGGGGAGACCACGCUGGGGGAUGGACAGGAGAAGGAGGAGGAAGAUUCCAGACCGAAGCUUGUUUGAAGGAAAACAUAAGGACGGACCGCAGCAUUUUGAGGAAUCCUCCUAAGAAUUUUGUCGUUCUGGGGGGGUUGUUGGUUUUUAAAUCAUCGAAUUCUAUCUCUGCAAAAACAAACAAACAAACAAAAACCACCCAAAAGCUCAAACUGCCACCGGGAACAGAGUGGUGUUCCAUGCAUGAGGAGGGUGAGCUGCAGAGCGCGGCGGUGCUUGGAGACAUGGUGGGUGCUUUUGUAUUUUUGAUGAAAAAACACACAAAAAAAAAAGACAUCUGAAAAAGUGACCAUUUGCAUGCCUUUGGGAAUGUUCUCCGUGUCUGCUCAUCCAUCCACGCCCCUCCAUCGCACGCAGAUGUCAGGGCUGGCAGAGCAGGGCGCUGCUGCAUGUGGGAGCGCAGCGCUAGCGGAAGGGAUCACGCUUUCUCCGUGCAACCACAUGUUUCCUUCUCCAUGCACCCAAAUUGAGGUUAAUGCCACCUGUCCUUGUUAACCCGUGGCAGCAGCACUGAGAAGCAGAGCCCUCCUACCUGCUGGGUCGCAUUCGUCACACAAGAGCUGCAGCAAGACCUGGCCCUAUGGCCACACUCAUCUCCACUCACCCCUCCGGGCUCCAACUGAGGGCUCCAGGGGAUCUUCAGAGGGAUGGAGGAGCUCAGAGUCCUACUCUUCUCAUUAUCCCUCUUCUGCACCUCGGACACCUCCAGCAUCACUGGAGCAUCCUGGGCUCGGGUCCAUGAGUAUUAUUAUUUUUUAACAUUUUGUAUUUAACAACAUGUAAAGAAUGCUGACUUUUUGCUUCCCAUCAGCCUCCCAGGGCCCGCUGCUCCCAGCCAAGUCUUCCACACCAUGCAGCCCCAUCUGACAUCCCUGUUCCCACUGUGGGCUGAUGCUGGCGUUGGCAUUUCAUUUGCCUGUGCAGGCUGUGCAAGGCUGUACAUUUGCAAAUGGCUCCUGGCUGUGCCCAUCGGCUUUGCAUUGGCCAAGCCUUCCUUUUAGCAAAACUUUGCUGGUGCAAUUCCAAAUGACAGAUGUGGGAGCUGCACCCACUGCCCUGGGACGUGGGGUGGUUUUGGGGCACCCUACCUGGAAGACCCCCAAACCAAACUCAGCACGUCCAAGGUCUUUGUCCAUGUGGGGGCUGCUGUACAUCGUGAUUUACUGGGAGGAGCCCCCGAGCAUCCCUGUGCUUGCAUCCUUCCCAAACUGGUGAGCAUGGGGCAGGUGGGGAGGCAGCAGGGAGAGCCAUAAAUCCUCAUACCAUAGGGGUGUAGAUGGGACUGUUCUUUUGUCACUUGUUCAGUUGCUCCUUGUUUCCUUUGGGUAGAGUUAAUCUGAACCCAGGGGAUAGGAGAGCCAAAUCCCUGCGGCCACCAUUAUGUUUUCCUUUACAUUCAAAGGGGCUGCAGGGACUCAGAGCAAUAGCAGGGUACUACAGCACUUUCCUGGACUGCCUCCCCCACCCGCCCCUUGGCCUGCGCUUCAUUGCAAACUGUGACCUUCUGAAAAUGGACCAAAUUCUCCUCCUGCCUUUUGCGACUCAUUUCUUGCUUGCUCAGGGCUGGAGAAGCUCUGUGCUUGGCUGUGUGCAGAGCCCACUGGCACCUGAUGUCCUGUCCCUCUUGGAGAAGGGAUCCCCGAGGAGGAGAUGGAUCAGCACAUGGGGGAAACUGCAGCACUUGAGAGCACCAAAUGGAGGAUGGAAUGCUGCCCUGGCAUUACACAAAGCCUUCCAGCUCACGGCCUGAAGUGCUUCGCUACGGCUGCAGCCCCGCGGUGAGGGCUGCUCUAUUCUCAUCGCACAGAUGGCAAAGUUGCUCCAAGUCACGUGUGCCAGCAGCUCAGAAAAGAAAACAGUUCUUUCUCCUCCUCAACAUAAACAGGAGGAAACGCAUCCUUCCUUUAAAGCUGAUGCUUCUAGAGGGCUCUGUGCAAACCAGGACCACCUUGAGGAUGUACAGAGCAGGGCUGCAGGGACAGCAGAGGCACCAGAACCCAUCUGAGCACAGGAGAGAGCAACAGCUUUCCAGUAAAGAACAAACAAACGAACAAAAAAAACCCCAUACAACACAAAGACACCUCAACUCCUUCCCUUUUUUCAUCUCCUUUCUGGCUGGAUACAACUGCACCGCCCUGCACUCUUCAAUACAUCUCUGUGGUCCUCAUCCCACACUUAAGACACAGUCGAACGUCUCUCCAGCCACACAAAAUGUUUUCCUUCCUUGCAACCCACCUCCUGUGCUGUGCCAGAAGUCUCCCAGCACCAACCGGACCCUUUCCCCACACUCCAUUAAGCUCCCUGUGUGCUCUGCAGCCCAAUCCUGCACACAGCUUUUGCUGUGGGACUCUCCAGGAGCUGCUCUCUGCAGCACUGCGGUUUCAACCAGGCUCUUUGCAGGAUGCAGUGACCGUGGGGCAGAAGGGAUGCACAGCUCUCAGUGUCCAACUGAUACCUGCUGGUGGAGGGGACCAGGAGGGUUUUAGCACAAAGGGAGGCAAAUGACAGAAGAGCUUUCCCAGUUUGCUGUAUAGGUGAUGAUUUCCCUUUUCCUAAUUUGUUUCACUCCUUUCCAGUUGCUGCCAAUUAAACACCAACCUCAUUCCUGUUUGGUCUGAGCCCAGGAUGGGGCUGAGCCACCCCUAUGGGCUGCUCCCAUCACCUCAUCCCCAGCGCCCCCAGCCCCAUCCCAGCACUUGGCCGCUCACCUGCUGCCCAACGUGAACUGAUUGCAGACUGAAGGCCCAUUAUUUUCUUUCCACGUGCACUCUUUCAUUUUGGCAAUGCUAAAAUCUCCCAUGCUUGGGGACAAGCCAAGGGGAUUGGGGAGGGAGGGGGGGAGGAGGGGAGCAGCCUUUUCAAAGCAGGGGGUAUCCCAGGGUGCAGCCCCAAUCCUUGGAGCCCAACUGGAAGAGCACUCACCGGUGCCAUGGACACUCCGGGAAUCUCCUUGUUGGUGGAUGUUUCUUUUUCUGCGGGAUGAUAUGGUGUACCUUAUAUACUUCCUUUGUAUUUCUUGGCAUGAGAAAAGAAUUAAAAUGUAACAUGCAUGGUCAAA